AUGGACGACGGCGAGAAAACGCGAGGUGCACGUGAUGGAGGGGAAGGGCACGCAGACAGGGCACAGAGCGAUAAGGGCGCGGGCAACGUCAGUGACGAUGGCCCGGACGCGAUAAACGAACCUGGCCCCAGUGUCAUUAUCCAAAACGACGAGCCUGGUAAAGCUAAUUCCGGUGGUGAUAAUGCUAACAGCGAUGAAUUCGACCCAGGCGACGCUGAUGACGAGGAAGAUAACGAUGAAAACGAGAACGAGGAUAAGGACGAUUUCAAAGACAAGGCUGACGAAAACGACCGAAGUGACGUAUAUGACGAAUGGGACGCACAUAACGAUUACGAUAGCGAGGAUGAAGGUAUCGUUGUGCGUGGAUAUAAGGACAAAGAUUAUCGUGGAAGCACGGACGGUGACUCGACUACGGACAGUAUUGACAGUGACCAGUUACAGCAUGAGCGGCCUAGAGUCUCACCUAUCCACCUCAGCGACCAAGACGAAGAAUUCGAUCACGGGCUCAACGACUGGGACCAUGACUCCUUAUCCGAAGGUGAUGAUUCUGAGGGCCACGAGCCGGAAUAUCAGUCUGAAGCCUCCGUUCAGUCACCAAGUCUCGACACGGAACACCACUGCAAAUUCGUAGAAUAUUUCAAAGAGCAUACAAAAACCAUCGCAAAUGAGCUACGAGAGGCCCUUCGACGUGAUGGGCUACGCUUGUUUUCCGACGACCAGAUCAACGAACAUUUGAGAGCUACGGCAGAGACAAGCGAUCGUUCGACAGAUCAUCAGCAAGAUUCCGCGUUUGGUCUGCAAGCCAUUUUGGGCAUAUUCGGAGAAAAAUGGGGAAAGAGUGAUUUUGCAUUCAGGAGAGUGCCUCUAAGCUCUUUGAUUGAGGGUACGGACAGGCUUUUGGUACGACAGAAACAGGUGAAGUUUCGUUGGGUUCAUCUACCCGCCAAUGAUCUGAGAUGGGCAAAGGUAAGGGGCCUCGUGAUCUCAGCUGUGCCAACUCUAAUCAUCCUCUUUAGCAAGUCAUGCAUCACUGCUUCAAACGCAUUCCGGAGCGAACAAGGGCCCCGCCAGACGCUGAAGAUGUGA